GAUCCAGGAUGGUGGCCCCGCAAGCCCCUGGGGCUCCCUGCAUGGCCGCUCUCCUGAUGCCCUUGGUGAUGUUGAGCUCCCCUUGGGCUCAGGGCAGAGACACCACAGCGGUCCACGUGUAUCAGAGGAGGAGCGACUGCUACGAGUCCAACGGGACGCACCGCUUCCUGGAGCGAUACGUGUACAACAGAGACGUGUUCGUGCAGUUCGACAGCACCGUGGGCGUGUUUGUGGCCGUGACCGAGCUCGGGCGCACCACCGCCAGGAACUGGAACAUCCAGGGGGAGUUCCUGGAGCUGCGGCGGGGCGCGGUGGACGCGGUGUGCAGACACAACUACGAGCUGGACCGGGCCUUCACCCUGGAGCGCAGAGUCCAGCCUAAAGUGAACGUGUCCCCCUCCAAGAAGGGGCCCCUGCAGCACCCCGACCUGCUUGUCUGCCACGUGACCGAUUUCUACCCCGGCCACGUUCAAGUCCGCUGGUUCCUGAAUGGACAGGAGGAAACCGCGGGGGUCGUGUCCACCAACCUGAUCCAUAACGGGGACUGGACCUUCCAGAUCCUGGUGAUGCUGGAAAUGACCCCUCAGCAGGGGGAUGUCUACACCUGCCACGUGGAGCACCCCAGCCUGGACAGUGCUGUCACUGUAGAGUGGAAGGCUCAGUCAGAUUCCGCCCGGAGCAAGAUGCUGACUGGAGUAGGGGGCUUUGUGCUGGGGCUCCUCGCCCUCGUGGUGAGCGCCACUGUCCACUUCCGAGGCCAGCAAGGGCUGCGGAGCUGAUCUCAAGCAUCCUGUAGCCUUGGGACAGGAUUUCUGAUGUUUCUGACGCCCAGAACCCUCCCGCUCCCAAAGGACAUCACGGUGGAAUCGUGCCCCUGACGCCAGCCUCUGAGUCCCUGCACUUUACCUCAAUGUGCUGCCUCUUUCUCAAGUUCCCCGGUCUAUCGCGUGCCCUUUCCUGAGGAACAUAAACCACCUAAAUCCAA